CGUCUCCCGCGCGCAGCGUUUCGGAUUGGCCACCGCGCUCAUUCAGUCAAGAGAACACCUUCCUGCCUGCGGUGCGUGUGUAUGUGUGUGUGUAUCAGAUCUUGUGUAGAGACGUUUGAAUCUGUCUCGUCUACUGUUUUCUGAUUGGAACGAGAGGAAAAUUACCUGCUUGAUUGUAUGAUCCAUUUUGAUGAUCGAUUUCCCCAGAAUUCAGAAGCAUAUUUUUCUCUCUCUCGUCUCAGCGCCAGCCUGUCUACAUUUGUGAGGGUGGUGGUUCAAAGUAUCUAUUCGAGGGGGAAGUCUAAAAUAAGUGAAGGUUAUUUUUGACCGUUUGUCUGGAGUGGAGGAAAAGUUUCCGUUGGAAAGGAUUAUGAAGAGAGAGCCACGCAGCUGAGAGACAGGUGACUGAAGACGAGUCUGACUGUCACACCCUUCUAGGAGGCCUCCAAACCUUCCUCCUCCCCAUCUCUCUACCCCCCUUCCUUCCCCUCUCCCGGCAUGGAUCUAAAGGACCAUCGGGGGCUCCAGCAGCACCAGCAGCGCUCUCUGACCAGGGCGCGUUGUGGUAAAGACCCCCAAUACACCACCUCCUCCCUGGACACGGAGGAGUGCCGCGUGACCACUCAGAAGUCCUACAGCUCCAGUGAGACGCUCAAGGCCUUCGACCACCACGACCAAAGGCUGAUUUACGGGGGCUGCACUGUAGCUGAUCUGGUGCACCACAAGGCAGAUGAGUACAACAGGCAAGGCGGUCACUUUCACACGCUGGCUGAACUUGGCGUUUGCGACCCAGCGCCUGUUCACCCUGCAGCCCCAACCUACUGUCCUGACCUGGGCCUGCUCCAGAGAGGCUACUCCCUCAGCGCGGGGUCAGACCCUGAUGCAGACUCUGAACCAGAGGGGCCCCUGUCCCCAGAGAGAGCCAUCCAGCUGUGGGGAGGAGGACCAGUAGGAGGACCAGGAGGAGGAGUGAAGAGCAGACAUAGCUCAGGAUUGUCCAGCAGAGAAAACUCAGUGCUCACACUCACUGACUCAGACAAUGACUACAAGUCUGACCAUGAAUCAGCAUACCUGGAGGAUGAUGAGGAUGAAGACCCAUACAGUGACCGUAUCAUCAGUAAGUCUCACUGUGCGGGCGUGUGUGUCUACUACAGAGUGGUCUUCUCUCUCCAUGUGAAUGUUUACUCUCCUUUAUCCAGAUAACGUGUUGCAGCUUGUUUGGGGUUUGUCCUUGAGUAAAGCUUAUUAGUCUGGGAGUGUCUGUGAGUGUGUCUGUGAGUGUGUCUGUGAGUGUCUGUGAGUGUCUGUGAGUGUCUGUGAGUGUGCCUGCGAGUGUGCCGGUGAGUGUGCCUGCGAGUGUCUGUGAGUGUGCCUGUGAGUGUGUCUGUGAGUGUGCCUGUGAGUGUGUCUGUGGGUGUCUGUGAGUGUGCCCGCGAGUGUGUCGGUGAGUGUCUGUGAGUGUGUCUGUGAGUGUGCCUGUGAGUGUGUCUGUGGGUGUCUGUGAGUGUGCCCGCGAGUGUGCCUGUGAGUGUGUCUGUGGGUGUCUGUGAGUGUGUCGGUGAGCGUCUGUGUGUCUGUGAGCGCGUCUGUGAGUGUCCGUGUCUUUAGGUCUCUUUAACUCUUGUCGUUCAGGGGGUGGGCAGAUUGAGUGAUUUGGUGGUCUUUGGUGUUUGGUGAAAGACACUGUUGUGUUGUCCAUGAACACGUCUAUAUCAGUGGGGUCCAACUCAUUCCAUGGAGGGCCUAGUGUCGGCAGAUUUUUGGUUAUUCAUUUCAAUUAAGACCUAGACAACCAGGUGAGGGGAGUUCCUUCCUAAUUAGUGACCUUAAUUAAUCAGUCAAGUACAAGGGAGGAGUGAAAACCUGCAGGCACUCAGCCCCACGUGGAACGAGUUUGACACCUGUGGCCUAAAUAGACUGUUAUUGAAAUGACGUAAACACUGACGUCAGUCUGCAAUGGGAGUAGUCACCAAUAGUAUCAUGUUUUAUUGUGAGGCUGUUUUCAUGCAUGCCUGCAUUUGUGAGUAUGCUUAUAGAG